AUGAUCCCGCCUGCCGUCAUGGACAACCACACCGAAAAUAACUAUAACUAUGGUGCUUACUUUGCGCCUUACAGAUCGGACGAGCCCGUGGAGAUGUUAGGGGCGGGGCUGACUGGUGCGGACCUGGCCGCCAUCCCCGAACACUGGCUCGGAUACCCGGCGCCGCCCGCAAGCGCCCAUACCGUACUCGCGCUUGUCUAUGUUUUCUUCACCGCCGCCGCCUUAAUUGGAAAUGGACUUGUCAUUUUUAUUUUCUCAACAACAAAAAGCCUACGAACGCCAAGCAACCUUCUAGUUUUACAGUUAGCUGUCUUAGAUUUCUUCAUGAUGUGUAAAGCACCAAUAUUCAUCUAUAAUAGCGCAAACAAAGGCUUUGCAGCUGGUGUGAUUGGGUGCCAGACAUUUGCGUUCAUUGGAUCAUGCAGUGGAAUUGGUGCAGGAAUGACUAAUGCUUGUAUAGCUUAUGACAGGCAUUCAACAAUCACGAGACCACUUGAUGGACGCUUAUCUCGCGGUAAAGUCUUGCUGAUGAUGGUUUGCGUGUGGAUAUACACUGCGCCCUGGGCAAUUCUACCACUGCUUCAAAUCUGGGGCAGAUUUGUACCUGAGGGAUUUUUAACAUCUUGCACGUUUGAUUAUCUUACCGACACAUUCGACAACAAACUGUUCGUUGCAUGCAUUUUCACCACUAGCUACGUUUUCCCGAUGAGCGCGAUAAUGUAUUUCUACAGUGGAAUAGUGAAGCAAGUGUUUGCACAUGAAGCUGCUUUAAGGGAGCAAGCGAAGAAAAUGAAUGUUGAUUCCCUAAGAUCUAACCAAGGCGCUAGCGCGGAAUCGGCUGAGAUUCGUAUAGCCAAAGCGGCACUUACCGUCUGCUUCCUAUACGUUGCGUCGUGGACACCUUACGGUGUGAUGUCACUUAUUGGGGCUUUUGGCGACAAGUCUCUCUUAACACCGGCAGUCACGAUGAUACCCGCACUUACCUGCAAGGGUGUUGCCUGUAUCGACCCAUGGGUGUAUGCCAUUAGCCAUCCAAAAUACAGGCAAGAACUGCAGCGACGAAUGCCAUGGCUUCAAAUCAACGAACCGGAUGACAACGCUUCUAAUGCUACAAAUAAUACAGCUAACAGCUCUGCACCGGCA